AUGAACGGGGUAGAUGAGAAGGCACAAUCUCCUCUCGGUGAUGAUGAUGAGGCUAGCGAUGACAACGAGGACGACGAAAUGGCUCGCGAUUAUGGAGGACGAGAUGACGAUGAUGACGAUGAUGAUGAUGACCCCUUUGGAGGGUUUGGUGGACCUGGUGGACCGCCACACGGUCUUUCAAGCACAUUAAGAGCGUUGAGUGGGAUGAUGUCCGGAGUCUCUACCCGGCUGCGUGACAUUUUAAACAAUUUGAAGCAGAAGGACGAUCCAUCGGUCCAGCUCAUUGCCCUUCAAGAAUUGUCUGAAAUCCUACUGGUAUCUACUGAGGAUAACCUCUCUGGCCACUUUUCACCCGAUGCAUUUGUGAAGGAACUGGUAGCCUUGAUGCAACCCUCGGACUUCGGGGAAGAGAACCCAGAGAUGAUGCUGCUUGCAUGUCGUUGCCUUGCCAAUUUAAUGGAGGCUUUGCCAGCAAGCACUGCCAACGUGGUUUAUGGCGGUGCUGUACCCGUUCUCUGUGCAAAGCUCCUCGAAAUUCAUUUCAUCGAUCUGGCCGAGCAAGCACUUAGCACGCUUGAGAAGAUAUCCGUCGAGUACCCGACGUCUAUAGUUCGUGAGGGUGGCUUGACUGCUUGUUUAACCUAUCUUGAAUUCUUCGCCACGAGUACCCAGAGAACUGCAGUUACUACAGCUGCCAAUUGUUGUCGGAACAUCCCCGAGGAUUCUUUCCCCGUGGUCAAGGACGUGAUGCCAAUAUUGCUCAAUGUCCUCGGUUCUAAUGACCAAAAGGUCGUCGAACAAGGCUCUCUAUGUGUGUCGCGCGUCGUAGAGAGCUUCAGAUAUCAUCCCAACAAACUUGAAGAGCUCGUUAGCACCGACCUGCUGAAAGCCAUACUCCGACUCUUGCUUCCGGGCACCACAAACCUCAUCGGGCCCAAUAUUCAUACGCAAUUCCUCCGAGUACUUGCAUUUACUGCAAAGGCAAGCGCAUCUUUGUCGGCCGAGCUCUUUAAGAUGCAUGUUGUCGACACUCUGUACCAGAUAUUGACCGGCGUGUCACCACCUGGACCUACAGAAGAUGUUGCAUCGAAGCUGGACAGCGUCGUCAUCAUGCAAGCCCUGAUUCACAGACCUCGGGAGCAAGUAAUCGAAACCUUAAAUGUCAUUUGCGAGCUACUUCCUGGUCUACCUAAGGAAUCUGAUGUGUCUUUUGGCGAAGUCUCUGAUAUUGACGCUGCAUCAGCACGAUCGACUGGUACAUCAUCGGCCUCUCGAAAGAAGUCGUCUAAUGAGAAGCGUAUCGAACUCCUGGAGGGCUGCAAAGACGAGGUUAAACGAUUUGCUAUCAUCCUCUUCCCGACAUUGACAGAUGCUUUUUCGAGCACCGUCAAUCUGAGCGUUCGACAAAAAGUCCUCACUGCCCAGCUGAAGAUGUUGUCUAAUUUGGACAGAGACAUUCUAAUGGAGGCACUACGAUCUGUACCAUACGCUUCUUUCUUGGCUGCGAUCCUCUCUCAACAAGAUCACCCUAGCCUUGUAAAUUAUGCUCUUCAAGCCGCAGAACUACUCCUCGUCCGACUAGAUGACAUAUACCGUUAUCAAUUCUACCGUGAGGGUGUUAUUGCUGAGAUUGCAAAGCUUGCUGCCACAGAGCAGUCUGAGAAAUCUGCAAGCGUUGACUACCCCGGCGACGAAGUGUCUGAUUCUAAUGAACCAAGUGCGACCGACAAUAUGCCGGAAAAGGUCGGCCGUGGAGGAGAACAUGGCGAUGACGAGGAUCGAGACUCUUCCGAUAAUGAAAAUGAUGAGGAAAACGAGAACGAUGAUAUCCAUGAGGAUGGCAGCGCUUCUCCGGCAAGCUCUCGGGAAUCAACGAUGUCUGAGGAUGGCCCACCACACCGCAUGCCGUCGGAUGCCACAAGCAUGCAGCGGCUCAUUGUUCAGAGAGCAAAGAAGUUCUUGGAUGUUCAUGAGAAUGAAAAGAACAGCAAGAAUAUGAAGAAGAUGGCAACCCAGAUUCUGACCCGUCUCCAGACCUUAGCCUCACAAAUUGAAGAUCACUAUCUGCACAACGGUCCUGGGAAUGGAGUUGAACUUUUUACGACCCUUGCAUCUUACUUCGAUGGAGAUGUCUUGGAGAGCGUCACCAGCGCAGAGUUACUGAAUUCUGAACUCGUUCGUGUCCUCCUCGAGGUCUUCAAUAAUCCUGACGAGCGGCUGAGCAAUGAUGCUCGCUCUGCAUUUUUGGAGGUCUUUAUGGGACGAACUGUCACUAAGAAGCCAAAGACCGCCAGUGCCGAUUCCCCCGCCACCCCCUUUAGCAUUCUCGUCCACAAAUUGCAGGAUUUACUAAGUCGCUCAGAGCAUUUCGAAGUCGUCACUGUUCACCAGAAUAGUUUUGAUGGAAACAGAAGUAGCGCCGCUUCUAUGCUUGCAAAGCAGAUUCGCCUGAAGCUCGUUGCAGAUGAGGAUUCCGAAAUCCCGCGACCAUAUCGUAAUAUCAUGGUCUCCAUUCACGCAAUUGCAACCUUCAAAGCUCUGGAUGAUUACCUACGCCCACGAAUCAGCCUCUCGGAGCGUCCGCGUGGUUCGAGAACCAGAGAAGGUCUUUCUAGUGCGUUGGCUGCUCUCGCUUCAGCAGGAGGCAUGCCAAAUCCAUAUCACGGUGCUUCAAAUUCCCAAGCUCGACUCCCAGAACGCGGCCUAGGUUCAGCGACUGCUGCGACUCCUGCCGCACCCACACCUUCUGCUUCUCGCAGCUCCCGCAAGGCUAAGGCCAAGAGUGCUCCUAACGCUACCCCAGCCACGACUGACCAGCAAACAUCAACCACACCCCACGAGAAAUCUACUACUCGUCGGUCAAGCCGACGCAAUCAGGCGCAGACGGAACCACCGGCGCCCUCGCCUCCUCCGAAUGAUGAAGAUAGCUUGUCACGAGCUUUAGAGUGCGCUGAGGAGAGACAGCUUAGCGAUGAAGAUGAUAUGGAUGACAGCGCUGCGUUAGAUGUUGGCGAUUUGGAUGAUGAAAUGGAGGAAGGAUCACCCACCGACCCGUCUGCAGUUAACCUCGAGGUUGCCGCCGAGGGCAAAGUUACGGCACGGAAAGAGGAUGGCACACGAGUUGCAACACCUUCUCAACUACCUGGAAGCAGUUCUCGCAGCACCUCAGGCUUAUCCGCAGCUGCACAAGCAGCCUUGUUGUCCACUCCAAGCACAUCCUCGAGACCGAUGUCAUACGCUGCUGCUAUCCAGGCGGUCCCUCAGGACUGGCAUAUCGAGUUUAGCCUUGAUGGCAAGGUUAUUUCUAAUGAAACCACAAUCUACCGAGCCGUUCAUAACACGUCUAAUCCUGUGGAUGAGCAUGCCAGCCGAAGCGUCUGGUCCGGAGUUCAUCCUAUCAAGUUUAGGCGUGUCCCAGGACCUCCUCCCCCCGAGCCAAGCUCUCUCACACAGGCCGCUGAGACUAGCACGGAAACCACGGCAUCUGGAAUCCCAGCAUCUCUGGACAAGCACCCGGCAACUUCGUCAAUCCUUCGAUUGUUGAACAUUCUACAUGCGCUUAAUGCAAACCUCGACGACGUCCUCGCUGAGAACAAGGAUACCCUAAAGCUGAAUGCGGAACCACUGUCGCAGUUUGUCAACACAAAGCUUACUGCCAAAUUGAACAGACAACUUGAAGAGCCUCUGAUAGUGGCGAGCAACUGUCUUCCUAGCUGGAGCGAAGAUCUCGCGAGACUUUAUCCGUUCCUCUUCCCAUUCGAGACACGUCAUCUCUUCCUACAGUCUACGUCCUUCGGCUAUGCUCGAUCUAUGACCAGAUGGCAAAACGCCCAAUCUGCUGAUGAGUCUAACCGAGACCGUCAUAGGGAAGAGAGACCAUUCCUAGGUCGUCUCCAACGCCAAAAGGUUCGCAUUUCGCGGUCAAAGAUCCUUGAAUCCGCACUAAAGGUCAUGGAACUCUAUGGCGCCUCUCAAAGCAUUCUGGAGGUCGAGUAUUUUGAAGAAGUUGGAACUGGUCUUGGUCCCACCUUGGAAUUUUAUUCCACUGUGUCGAAGGAAUUUUCGAAGAAGAAACUGAAACUCUGGCGCGAGACAGAUGUUAAUGAUAACGACGAGUAUGCUUUUGGUGUCCGCGGUCUCUUCCCUGCCCCAAUGAGUGAGGAGCAUGCCUCAAAUGAAAAUGGCAAACGAAUCCUCCACCUCUUCAAGAUGCUUGGAAAAUUUGUCGCCAGAUCUAUGAUUGAUUCUCGCAUCAUUGAUGUAUCUUUCAAUCCUACAUUUUUCCGCAUCGGCGACGGAUCGAAGACGGUAACGCCAUCCUUAGGGGCUGUCAAGACGGUCGACCCUGGCUUGGCUUCAUCUCUAAAGUUGAUCAAGAAGUUCGUGGUGGCUAAGAAGGCCAUCGAUGAAGAUCCCAACCUCUCCGCCGCAGAGAAGGUAGCCAAAGCAGAAGCAUUAACCAUCGAGAACUGUCGUGUCGAUGAUCUAGGCCUUGACUUCACUCUUCCCGGGUACCCCACGAUCGAAUUGCUUCCCAAUGGAUCCCAGAUCGCUGUCACAAUUGACAACGUUGAGCUAUACCUUGAGAAGGUCAUUGACAUGACGCUUGGAAGUGGAGUUCAGAGACAGGUGGAUGCCUUCAGAGCUGGCUUUACUCAAGUCUUCCCGUACUCCGCUCUGAGUGCCUUCACCCCCGACGAACUGGUUAUGCUGUUCGGCAGAGUCGAAGAGGAUUGGUCAAUUGAAACCCUGAUGGACUCAAUCAAGGCAGACCAUGGCUUCAAUAUGGACAGCAAGAGCGUUAAGAACCUACUCCAGACUAUGAGUGAGCUUACUCUGGCGGAGCGACGGGAUUUCCUCCAAUUUACUACUGGCAGUCCGAAGCUUCCAAUUGGCGGUUUCAAGAGCCUCACCCCGAUGUUCACUGUUGUCUGCAAGCCCAGCGAAGCACCUUACACUUCGGAUGACUAUCUUCCAAGUGUCAUGACUUGUGUCAAUUAUCUAAAACUGCCCGAUUACUCGAGCUUGAGCGUCAUGCGACGACGUAUGAAUACUGCAAUUAAGGAAGGACAGGGCGCUUUCCAUCUGUCAUAA